AUGCUGCCCUACAUGGACCAAGUACUUAGAGCGUUCUAUCAAAGCACCCAUUGGAGCACACAAAAUAGCUACGAGGAUAUUACCGCCACUUCAAGAACAUUAUUGGAUUUCCAAAUUCCCUCAGCAAUUCACCUGCAGAUUUCCAAUAGGUCUACCCCCAAUACAUUCAAUUCUUUAGACUUCUCUACAAGGUUGAGAAUAAAUGGUUCUCUAAGUUAUUUAUAUUCUGAUGCGCAGCAAUUGGAUAAUUUUAUGCGUAACUCUACAGAUAUCCCAUUACAAGAUGCUACUGAGACAUAUAGGCAAUUACAGCCAAAUCUUAACUUUUACAGUAGCAACAGUGCAAACGGACUGAAUACUGACGAAAGUUUGCUCGAGAAUAACAAGAAAUUGUCUCAUGAUUUGAAAUUUGCCAAGAAAUCUCUUUAUUAUGGUAGAAUGUACUAUCCAAGUUCUGAUUUGGAGGCAAUGAUAAUAAAACGACUAAAUCCACAAACACAGCUCAUGAUUAAGGGUGUAAGCAGUUUCAAGGAGAACUUAAACGUUUUGACGUGUUAUUUUCAAAAAUAUUCUCAUCGAAAUUUACAAGAGUGGAUAUUUUCCACCAGCGAUUUAUUAUGUGGAUACAGAAUAUUACACAAUUUCCUUACCACGCCAUCCAAAUUCAACACUUCACUAUACAACAAUUCUUCAUUGUCCCUUGGUGCUGAAUUUUGGUUAGGGUUGGUCAGUUUAAGUCCUGGUUGUUCUACAACUUUAAGAUAUUACACACAUUCCACGAACACGGGGCGGCCACUAACCUUGACAUUAUCUUGGAAUCCAUUGUUUGGUCAUAUAUCUUCCACAUAUUCGGCCAAGACAGGGACAAACUCCACUUUUUGUGCGAAGUAUGAUUUUAACCUUUAUUCAAUUGAAUCAAAUCUUUCGUUCGGGUGCGAAUUUUGGCAAAAAAAGCAUCAUAUGGCGAUCAAUGGUAAUAAUAAUGAUAAAUUAGAGCCAGUAUCUCACGAAUUGGUAGAUGUGAAUCCGAAUAAGAAAACAACUAAACUGCUGCAUGAAAGUGUACCGAAUCUGAAGUCAAUUGAUGACGAUCAUGAUUCUUCGUUAGAUAUACCUGAUCAUAAACAGAAGCUACUAAAUGACUUGACUUAUGCAUUCUCAUCAUCGCUAAGAAAGAUAGACGAAGAAAGAUCCACUAUCGAAAAGUUCGAUAACAAAAUAAAUAGUUCCAUUUUUACCAGUGUUUGGAAGCUAAGCACGUCAUUACGUGAUAAGACUUUGAAGCUGUUAUGGGAAGGGAAAUGGAGGGGUUUUUUGAUAUCUGCAGGGACAGAACUGGUUUUCACUAAAAGCUCUCAAAGAACUUUAUCCAAUGAUGAAAAGAAUGAUGACGCGAUAUCGAUAUCAGCAGUGGAUGUAGAAAAUAGUAAUAUACCGGUUUUCCCUACGAAGUUUGGAAUACAGUUCCAAUACUCCACAUGA